AUGCGGUUGCCCCCAGUUGAUGUCCUACUGUCAUGGCCGACACCGAAUUACGAGAAUCCCAAAACUAGAGGCCCUGCUUUGGCCAUUGUCAACUAUACAUUAGCUGCAGUUACGAUCAUAACCGUCGCACUCCGACUAUAUACGCGCGUGUUCAUCAAGAGGUGGUUUGGACUCGAUGAUGUCUUCAUUAUCUUGGCCCUGAUCUUCACACUUGGUUUGACGGCUGUCGUCCUUCUUGCAAAUCAGAAAUAUGGCUGGGAUAGACAUGUUUACGACAUACCUUUCAACAUAAUCGAGCCGGCCUCCAAAAUCGCCAUGAUUGCCAAGAUCGUCUUCACAUGCGCAGCAACUUUCACAAGGCUGUCGUUACACUGCUUCUACUAUCGACUAGUCACAGACACAGGCAAAACAUGGUUCAGGUGGCUCAUACAUGCAAAUGUCGCCUACACCCUCGGAAUCUUCAUUUCAUACCCGUUCAUUGCAAUCUUUCUGUGCGUCCCCGUAAGGGCGUAUUGGAUACCUGGUGGCGUCCCUGGAGCGUACUGCUUGGACGAAGGUGUUGCUACUCUCAUAUGUGGCAUCAUAAGUUGUGUGGCUGACUUCAUCACAACCAUCACUCCUAUGCCGUUGGUCAUGGGCUUGCGCAUGCCUCGUCAGCAGCGUCUCGCCGUAGGAUUUCUAUUCGGCCUGGGUAUCAUCGUCACCAUUGCUGGUAUUGUUCGAACCUGGUACAUCUAUCGGAGCUUGUUCAAUGAGUGGGAUCAAACCUGGUACUCGUACCCGUUGUGGAUUGCUGCAGCCGUUGAGAUUGAUCUUGGAGUGAUAUGUGCAUCGGCGCCAGUACUUCGGCCAUUGCUAUCGAAAAUACCUUUCAAUCUUUCUGAGACUUUCUCCCGCAGCAAAACCUCCCACAAGUCCACCGGAACCCCGUCGAAGAACAACUCCGCCUCAUCAAAACGAAGAGCAGACACAAUACAAGGAGCACCGGAGUUGGCGAAGGACCGGGGCAGAAGUUACGAAUUGAAGGAGUGGGAUGAUCUGGAACAUGGGGCCACUUUGAACGAUACUAUGCGUGGGAGCCAGGAGCGUAUUCUGGAAGACGGCGAUUCAUCGAGCGGGAAGAGCGGCAAAUCAUCCCACGGGAUUCGCAAAAAGGGCAGCCAGGAUGAUGCCAGGAAGGGCGAUAUGACUACCACAAAGACGUCGGAGGUCCAACUUCAUGUAAGCCCCGCGAGCGAUGGAAUCUCGAGACCGAUGAUGCGAUACCCCACGCCACGUAGAGACACGCCAUAG